CCGAAUCGUCGAGCCUUGUUGUGCGAACCGACGCGAUGAUAACCUAAACUUGACCCUAAACCUAAAUCUAAACCUAAACAUUGCCGCGGAUUUCAGGUAUCGGUGGUUCAGCCAAGUGUGAACAGACUUCAAAUCAAUAAUUCGUUCAAUCAUUCGGUCCGUUCGCUGCAUUCUUGCGAAAUUUAGCUAAUGAAUUUUAAUCUCCUCUUCCACCUGUCAUGUUUCAAGGUCGCCUCAUAUGACAUUUGAAGCCUCGAUUUUCUUCGAAGCGAGAAUGUCGCCACGAAAGAAUGUCAUUCGGUAGAAAAGCGGGAGUUGCAUUGUAACAUUUGCGCAGUGUCAUUUCACGUUUUCUAGAAUCAUCAAUUUAAGAAUGAUCGCGAACAAUCGAAUUCGCACGAGUCGUCUAUUGUGAAACGUCAUGAAAUAGUAAUUUUUUGUUUACAUACAUUUAUGAAAACACUUCCAAAAGCCUAUUGUCGUAAAAGUAAUCAAGGAUUAUCGUCAUUUUUCUAAUUUUUUUUAUGACUGUCAUUUUCGAAAUAACGGUUCAACGGUCAACAGGAAGAGCUUAUUCUUCCAGAAUAUUCGAGUAACAAGACGAAUAAUUAACUUAUGGUGAAAGUAUUCCAAGUUAACCUCUCAGCUGCGCGACGUGUCUAAAUUUUGUCUUUCGUCAGUUGGAACACUGUAAAAAAUCCUCGAUUGUCGAAAAAGGAAUGUGCGGAAACGUAAGGAAUUAAUUUCGUGAUUGGAAAUUCACAAGUGACAUGCAGUUAUAAACGUCACCGCGUUCAUGGCGUAAAUAUGGCGUUUACGUCCUCGUGGCCGCCACAAUUUGAUUAUUGCCCAUGUUCCGGCAUUCUCCACGUGACUGCAACCUUAUCGGGAGCACCAAGCCACACGAAAAGUGCCACUGCAAAGAAGUAUUAUUUUUAGGACAUUCCACACGUUUCGCGUAAAUAUCAUGUCCCACCCGCAAGCUUGACACUUUUACAAGACGUACAGAUAAAUAUGGCAAGAUCUAGGAAACUCUCGACGUAUGAAUGUGAUCUAGCAGAAAAACGGAUUAAAUUAACGGUCGACAAAAUGUUUUGUUGGGGCAGUACUAUCCAUGGAGAGCUGGGUCUGGGUGGUAUCGAAGAUGAGAAUAUCUUUAUGCCUCGUGAAGUGGAUUUCUCAGAAACUAAUAACAUAGAGCAAAUUGCAUGUGGAGAAAAUUAUACUGUAGCUCUUACUAAAGAUGGAAAAGUAUAUUCUUGUGGUAAUAACGACUAUGGACAACUUGGACACGAGAAAGCAAGGAAAAGGUUACAACUGAUACCUGGCUUGGACGCAUUUGUAUUCAAGAAAGUAGAGUGUGGCAACUGUCACACAAUGGCUGUGAAUGAGUGGGGACAACUUUUUAGCUGGGGUUGCAACUUAAAUGGUCAACUAGGAUUAAAUAGCGUGGAUUGUACAGAACGUACACCACGUAUGGUAAGAGCAUUGGGUACAAAUGUAAUAAUACAAAUUGCAUGUGGCGUAGAGCAUUCGAUUGCCUUAACCAACGACGGAGAUUUGUUUGCCUGGGGUAGUAACAAGGAAGGACAACUAGGAUUAGGAAUUCAUACAGUUACCGAAAUAAAACCUAAAAAGAUAUCCACUUUAGCUGCCGUACCAAUUGCUUUCGUCGCAUGCGGAGGAUACCAUACUAUAGUCAUAUCAAAAUCAGGAGCAGUAUUUUCAUGGGGACGAAACACCUUCGGACAAUUAGGACUAAAUGAUACGCAACAAAGAAACUUGCCUUGCCAAUUGCGUACUUUACGAAAUGCUAAAGUAUGCUACGCAACCUGCGGAGAAGAAUUCUCUGCUUUUCUGACACUGGAUGGUGGAGUGUUCACAUGCGGCGCUGGAAUGUACGGCCAAUUAGGACACGGGAACAAUACGAAUGAAAUUUUGCCGCGACAAGUCAUGGAGUUGAUGGGCAGUACAGUAACACAAAUUGCCUGUGGUAAGAGGCACACGUUGGCUUUAGUGCCGUCACGAGGUAAAGUUUACGCGUGGGGUCUCGGGGGUGCUGGGCAACUCGGUAAUCGCGCCGCGCGAAGUGCCACAACGCCGCAAGUUGUACUUGGACCGUGGUCCUCGCCGAGCGGAUCAUCGAUGCUGCUCGACUUGUACUACACUUCCCAGAUUGAUUGUGUCGUUAGACAUAUUUUCAGCGGCGGCGAUCAUUGUUUUGCCACCAUCGGCCCGAAAAAAGAUAAUAUAGAGCCAGAUGACUGUAGAAUAUUAGGAUCAACCUCCAAAAUUCUUACAGUGACAGAAGAGAAAAUAGUCGAUUGUCAAAAAGUUUCAUCAGGCUCGCAAGUUAAUCAUGACUUAAUGACAUAUCUAGAAACUGUAUUCAAAAGUCAAGCAUCUAUAAAUGGUUCUUUCUUACUCGCCAAUGAUGCUCAUUACGGCUGCUCGAGUAAGCAUCACGGUGUUGAUAUCGACGAUGCGAUUAAAUUGUUCGGGAUGAUCUCGGAAUUGGAAAACAACACGAUUCAAGAACUGAUUUAUACGUGUAUCACUGACAGUUUGAUACCGUCUUUUGCCAUAUCUCCGCCAGACGUGGAAUCCUUGAGAGUGUACUUAACGUUGCCACUCUAUCACCGUUUUGCGAAUCUGUCGCACUACAGUUCUCUGCAGACGCCUUUCUGCAAGGCCCUACUGCGCUUAAAGGCGGAGGCUUCUAAGGUUGUAGGUAUAUGGUGGAGCGCAGCUCCGGAAUAUUACUUUGAAAGACUGGUCAGGAUUUACAAGUCUGUGGUGCUGCACUUCGUAAAGCAAUCGACAGCGGACAAGGUUGUCACGUGGAAUGAAAGUCUACAAUCUGCUCUAAAUCUAUUGCGAUUAUUGUAUAAACUAAAUGUCUCGGCGGGUAUGCGACUGCCGUAUGAGACUUUUCACCUGUCGGAGUUGUCGCAGUAUAUUGAUGUCAACCGCGAUUAUCUCAAGUGGAUGUCGGAUGAUCAGUUUACCUACCAUAAAAUAUAUUUUUGCAAUUACCCUUUUCUAUUCGACGCCGAGGCGAAAACCACGUUACUGGAAACCGAUCAAGCUAUACAGAUGCAAUCCGCGAUGCACGAAGCGGCAACACGGGUCGUUAGGGACAUAAUGUUCGGCACGACCAAUUCAAACAUCCAGCAGUACAGACAAUUUGUAAUUUUGAACGUGUCGCGGAAUAAUUUAGUCUCCGACGCUCUGACGCAAUUGCAGCAGUACGAUUCCAGCGAGCUGAAGAAACCGCUUAGAGUUAAAUUUAACGAGGAGGAGGCCGAAGAUGUGGGCGGCGUGAAAAAGGAAUUCUUCAUGCUUCUGCUGCGAGAGAUCCUCGAUCCUAAGUACGGUAUGUUUAAAGAAUACGAGGAGACAAGGACAAUCUGGUUCAGCUCGGACUCGUUGGAGGAUGGAGUUAUGUAUUUUCUAAUCGGCCUCCUCUGCGGCUUGGCUAUUUACAAUUUCAUAAUCAUCGAUUUACCGUUUCCAUUGGCCUUAUACAAAAAACUGUUGCGAGAACCGGUCGGAUUGAAUGAUAUCAAGCAGUUGUCACCGAUAAUAGCCAAAAGUCUUCACAGCAUUCUCGACUAUCAAGAACCAGAUUUUGAGGAAGUAUUCUGCUUGAAUUUUGAGAUAACUAGAGAUGUGUUUGGCGAACAAAAACGUUUCGAAUUCUUUCCGGACGGUAGCAAAGUUCCUGUAACAUUGAAAAAUAAGCAACAAUACGUAGACUUCUACGUGGACUACAUAUUGAACAAAUCGGUGGAAACACAUUUCCAAAUGUUCAACAAGGGUUUUCACAAAGUAUGCGGCGGAAGGGUGUUGGAGCUGUUCCACAGCCACGAAUUGAUGGCGCUGUUGGUCGGCAAUGAAAAUUACGAUUGGGAGGAAUUAGAAAAAAAUGCCACUUAUAAAGACGGUUAUUCCAAGGACGAUCCCACUAUCGUGUUCUUCUGGCAAGUUUUUCAUGAACUACCGCUAGAAGAGAAGAAGAAAUUUUUACUUUUCUUAACGGGUAGUGACAGAAUACCUAUACAGGGUAUGAAGGCUAUCAAGAUCACGAUACAGCCGAUGACUGAUGACCGGUUUUUGCCAGCCGCGCACACGUGCUUUAACCUGCUCGAUCUGCCGCGUUAUCAAACGCGCGAAAGAUUAAAAUACAAGUUAUUACAAGCUAUCCAACAAAAUCUAGGAUUUUCGCUCGUGUAAGAGUGAGUGAUAAUUACAGCCUUUUUCAUGACUUGCAAUUAUACAAUUGUUAAAUAUUUGCCCUAUUUGCGUUAUUACAUAAAUUGGAGGAUGGAAUAUUCACAGAAAAAUAGCGAGUUUCUUACACAACCGCAUCAACGUUGCAUACAAUUCGUCCGCGCGUGAAUCUGUUGCUUUGAUCUUUUUAUUAUCUCUAGUCACAAGUGAUUGAAAAGAAAUAACAUUAUCGCCUCAUUACAAACGCCCGACAGUCAGUGACACAGUGUGAUGUAUCCGGAGAAAUACAAAAAAAAAUAUACAGGAUUGAAAUCAGAAAAAAAACCUUUUUUUAUGAUAAUAAUUCGCAUUAAUGGAAAAUAAAGUCUGAAGAAUAAAAUUAAACUAUCAAUUGAAGUUUUCUACACACAAAUAAGGACCUGGCGAUAUCUCAUAAGAAACACAUUUCACAUCCUUCAUAUUGUUUCCCGACAUACCAAAUGUUAAAAGAAAAUUUGACAAAAAGAUUUUUUAAUCUUCAUCGUAGUAUGUAAAGGAAUUACAGAAUUUGUUAUGCAGGAAUGCGUGUGCAAAAUGCGUACUACACUUGAUCAUUAAGGGGGAGGAGGGGGAGGGGAGGAGAGGAAUGCAAGAUUGUAACGCUCGGAUGUAUUUGAAUCGCGAAGGGCCGAUACUCAGGGAAAGUUGUUUAGCAGUUUAACGAAAAACCAUUAGACAAUUUUUAUAAUCUCGAGAAUUCUAUUCAAUCUUCAAGCAAGCACAAUUAUUAAUUUGAGAGUGUAUUUUCAAAAACUUGCCGUGAACGUGAAUAUUUAAAAUAAAUCAGAGCGAUGUCGCUCACGUUGUGUACUGUAUGACGCGUGAGUACACCGCCAAAAGGCAUUUACUUUAUAAUAAUCAAAAUAUUUUAGGGUUCAUUAUUUUGCGAUGUAUGUUUUGAUAGGCGUGAUUUAGAUGACUCUCGAAUGACAUAACGCAUCGAGCUGUAUUCUUUUGUAUUGGAAUUUGGUAGACGUGUGGAGUAUUUUAUAAAUUGUUAAACACUUAUAGAUACGCCUUGUAUUAAAGCAAAUGACAAAAUAAAGAUUAUUAUUAUCUACUCGCUCGUAAAAUUCAUUACAAAUUUCACGAGAUAUAGUGUGUAACACGUCCAAAUUGAUUCUGCAAGAGAGAUUUGUGAUAAAGAUAUUUAUUUAUUCACAUCGAUAUAUUACAUUAUUAAAAAUGAUUCGUCUCGGUUAGUUGACGGGCAGACCGAAUCGCGCGACAAAAUGCGUCGUGUUUCGGAUGAUCCUUCAGUAAUCUUCUCCCCGUAUACAUUUUUUUUUCUCUUUAUUCGACUCGAUCGUUUAUUUCGCGGAUUUGCGUCUAUUCGACGUUCGUUAUCUCUCCGUGUCGACGUUGUCUUCGCAAUAAAAAUACAAAUUUUGCCAGUAUCACUCGAAACUUGUCUCUGAUCCGCCACUCUCAUGAUUUUGUAUGGCAAGCGUUAGUUUUGUAAAUCUGCAAUUGUGUUCGCAAUGUGUUAAUUCUAUCACAACAUUGAAUUUAUCUAAAUCAGAAUUUCCCAAGCUUGUGAACGCGUUCGUCUAAGCAAGACUUACCGGAGAAAGAAGGUGGACAUGGAACUCAAAAUUUUAUUAAAAGUAUUAAUAUAUUUGAAGAUUCAUUUCCUUAAUUUGCAAAUUACGAAAAGAAAACGCGAUCGUAAGAUUGAGAACUUUUGAACGAUGAUUCCCAAAUAACAAACCGAAUGCCGUCAAAUAAACUGGACUUCUGGCAAUCGUUAUUGAUUUACGCUAUCCUGCAAAGAUGAAAGGCAACCGUUCAGUCUCUGUAUACACAGGUUUCUUGAUAUCCAAAUUGGAAGUCUGUUUAGAAACCGGAGAAGCUCGUGAAACGUUUUGCGGAAAUAACACUCCUUCCCUUCGCGUUUGGACCGCGUUCUGGAAAAAAAAGCGACAGCACGACUUGAAAAAUCGCACGCAGACUCGCGGCCCAAGAUAAA